AUGAGAGAUGCGCGCAGAGGUCUUCAGAGUAUCUUGCUUUAUGCCGCAGAAGGCUGUACUGUUGAUUCUUAUUCUUUGAGUGCCCUGCAUAUCUUUGAAGGCAAAUGUUUGGCUGUCAUGUGUCGUUGUGUACAGAAGGAGGAGGAAAGUUAUCAGGAGUGGAAUACGAGGAGGUAUGAACGGGCAAGGCAGAAGUUUCAUGAUGCACAGUAUGCGAGUAUUGUACAGAAGAUCCUCCGCGUGCACUGGAUGCGGGCAAUCGACGUGACUGAUUUCGCCCAUAAGUUGCUCACGAAUCAGGAGGCGCUGGGGACAAAUUCGACAAGAGCUUGGAGAGAUUCUCGUUUCUCAUGCCUGGCGUUUGGCCGGCUGUGGGACAGAACGAGAAUGGACUCAAGCGAGGCUCUCAGAUGUUGGGGGAAAUGGAAGGAGGCCAGUUCAUUGAAACGACACCGUGGGGGACAGGAGAGUGUGGGCCUUCGUUCGUGGUGUCAUUCUUUGGAAUCGUUUUGCGGUUUAUCUUGGUGGGAGUCCUUUGUUGGGAAUUUUGAACAUUUCAUGGAUUUUGCCGCGCAUGUUUGUCCUAAUAGUAUGUUGAAGUAUUUCCAGAAGAAAUGCAGAGGCUUGGCGUCUUCGGGGGUGCCUGUGUUCUUGAAUACUGAUGUGGAUAGAGGAGUUCAUAUCGGACAGGAUCGGGAGGAGAGACCUGCAUAUAGGGAACGACUUAGCAGACGUAUUGCGUUGCAUAACAUGCGUUGUACACAAUGGGACCUCGAAGCGGGUGGGAUACCAUUGGACAUCCAGGGGGACUCACUGCUAGUGAUCAACUGGCUCUGUGGGAAAUGGAAAGUACUUUCUCAGGUAUAUCAAAGAAGAGUAGACAUUCUGAUGAAUAAGCUGGACGGGAUGCAGAGGAUGUACUCGGUGGGGCCUCCAGAGGCUGGCCGAGAUUUCUUCUCUCACUCUUUUCGGGAAUGGAACCAAAGGGCUGACUUGCUGACUCAUCAGGCCCGCCAGGGCCAAGUGUACGCCGAUUUCUUGUACCUUUGUGAUUUCGAAUCUCAGUGUUUUACUCCUUGCCUUAUCAAAGCUGGCUUUGAUGGGGGUGUGUGCAGCCGCGGAAGUGCCUGUGGCGUGUGGAUGCAGAUCGGUCUGCGUAACAAGAACAUCUUCUCGCGGACCGACAUCACUUUCAAAGAUGUGUAUCUCGCAGCUUGGUGCUUACCACCAAGUGCCACGGUGACAGAUACUGAGUUAUCAGCGGCGGAGCGUAUAUGA